CGCUGAGGGGAGCGCGCCGGCCCGACGCCAUCCUCCUCCUCCUCCUCCUCCUUCUCCUCCUUCUCCUCCUCCUCCCCAGGCCUGCCGGCCGGGCGGGUUCCUUCCUCGGCGGCUCCGGCUCCAUCCCCGCCCGGAAGAGGAAGGCCGCAGCGGAGGGCUGGAGGGGAGCUGCCGCCGCCCGCAGCAUCCCCACGGGAGGGCUGUGGGCCCUGAGGAGCGGACUACUAAGGAGUCAGAGGAGCCUUCCCCAUGCGUGGCAGAAGUAGAGCACCUGGGAACAUGGCCCUGCAAGAGAGGGAAAGCAGCAGCAGCUUCAUCAAUGACAAGCAGGAACAGAAUUGUAGUCGUGUUAUUACAGUUGUCUUCCUGGCACUCUUCAUUGACUUGUUGGGAUUCGCUCUCAUCUUGCCACUGUUUCCUUCCAUCCUUGAUUAUUACAGCCAGUCCGAGGAUGGAUUCUAUUUGUCAUUGCAACGUGGAGUGGACUGGUUUGCAGAGAUGGUUGGGAUGCCUGCAGAACGGAAAUACAACAGUGUCUUGUUUGGAGGUCUGAUUGGCUCUAUCUUUUCCAUCCUGCAGUUUUUUUCCUCUCCCCUUACUGGUGCUGUGUCAGACUGCUUGGGCAGAAGGCCUGUCAUCUUGAUGACAGUGAUGGGCUUGAUAACAUCAUACAUGCUGUGGGCUGCCUCUAGGACUUUUGGCAUUUUUCUUCUCUCCAGGAUCGUAGGUGGAAUAAGCAAAGGGAAUGUCAGCCUCUCCACAGCUAUAAUUGCUGACUUGCACUCUCCAAAAGCACGGAGCAAGGGCAUGGCAAUGAUUGGCGUUGCUUUCUCCCUUGGUUUUACCCUGGGUCCCAUGAUGGGAGCUUACCUAGCCAUGGAGGCAGAGAAAGGAGAAGUCUUCUACCUUCGUUCAGCAUUGUUAGCACUUGUGUUUGCUGUGGCUGAUUUAAUUUUCAUCUUCUUCCUACUUCCGGAGACACUUCCCAAAGAAAAACGGGUCUCUUCUGUGACAUCUGGAUUUCAGGCAGCGGUUGACUUGCUCAGUCCUUGGGCCUUAUUUCAGUUCUCUGCAGUUACCCGAGGAAAGGAAUCCCCUUCAGAGGAAAAUCUUCAGAAUCUCAAAAUCUUGGGCCUGGCUUAUUUCCUGUACCUCUUCCUGUUUUCCGGCUUGGAGUAUACACUGAGUUUUCUCACUCACCAGAGAUUCCAGUUCAGCAGCAUGCAGCAGGGCAAGAUGUUUUUCUUUAUUGGAAUAACAAUGGCUGUGAUCCAGGGAGGCUAUGCUCGACGAAUCAAGCCAGGAAAUGAAAUCAGAGCUGUAAAAAAGGCUAUUAUGUUGCUGAUUCCGGCUUUCUUGUUAAUUGGAUGGGCUGCAAAUGUGACCAUGCUGAGCCUUGGACUCUUGCUGUACUCCUUCGCUGCGGCCAUUGUUAUCCCGUGUUUGUCAGCGGUGGUGUCAGGCUAUGGCUCCGCCGGCCAGAAGGGACGAGUGAUGGGCAUCCUGCGGAGCCUGGGUGCCCUCGCCAGAGCCCUGGGACCGAUCCUGGCAGCUACAGUUUACUGGCUGGCAGGGGCAGAGGUUUGCUUCACCGUCUGUGGAGCUUUGUUCCUCAUCCCCUUCAUUUUACUUGGCUCCAUAAAACAGCAGACCAAGGAGGAGUAGUUAACCCCAGCACUUCCCCUGGGCCUCUACAUGACCUGAUUCUUGGCAAAACAGUUGAGUAAAGCACCGAGCUCCUCAGCCGUGGUGUGACAGCACAGCACGGUGCAAUCCCAGCCCACGGCCACGCGCUGCCCUCGGGGCCAGCCCAGGACCCGGCCCGGAGGCGGCUCCCACCCAGACCUUUACACAGUCGUCACCAGAUCUUCCACAAAUGCGCAGUGAGCCUGGUGACAGCUGUACCAACCGCCUUAAAACACGAUGAUCACCAAGAAAAGCGAGGUCGCCUCAGCCUGACUGCUACCUUGGCACAGGUGGACUGUUUUUAAUAUGCAACUAAACUGAGAUAUGUUUUAUAUUUCUAAUGCCUUGUCGCAGGUUUUGAGGACCAAGCACUGUUCUUUUUGCAUUACAAAUAAACUAUUAGAAUGUA